AUGUCAUACACCAUAGACAGUUACAACACAUAUGAAGAUCCGAUCCUUGCACUUGCCAGAGACCCAGAUCUUCUAAAAGAAAAAGCAAAGAACUCUCAGAUUAAUCAGAUCAUCCAUGGGUUCGCAAUCACGGAACGAAAAGUUUCCAGACUCUGCCAGUUGAGUCUUAGCAUUCUACAGACAUUAGAAAAGAUAGACCUAAAUCUUAAAAACUGGACAUUCUUUUCGCUUGACGCAAGCUCAACAGACCAUUUUGACGAAUCCAAUACAGAGGAGAACAAACUGUUCAAUAACAAGGUUUCUCUUCAAGUCAUCAAUUCAUGUCAGGAGCUUACCAAGAAACUCAAUAAGAUAUCUGCCGAUGUCGACUUCAUCACCAAUGCACUGAAAUCGCUAUCACCACUAGAAUUCAUAAGUGAUAGCGGCACAUUGCUCACGUCAUUAACGCUACGAAAUAUCAAACUAAAGGAUGAACUCAGGGAUAGAGUCACCGUUGCAUAUCUGAAAGCUAAGCUCAUUACAAUCGGAACAGACUUGGAAGUGAUGUUGGGCGAUGGUAACUCCGAGCAGCAGCAAACAGUUCAAUCAUAUAAGCAGUUUGUUGUUAGUCUAUUGAAACAGUUGAACGACGCAGUUGACGGAGACGAUAUCGAAGAGAGGAAUGAGUGUCUUGCAGUCAUCAGUGAUAUGGAGCAGAUGUUCGAAGUUUUUAAACUUGAGAAAGUUCAGCAAGCGAAGGAGGAAUUGGCUAAAAGAGCCGAACAGGCCGAGGAUUCAGACGACACACUUCAUACUCAUAAAUCUGAUCAACAUCAUUCGGAAUACAAAUCUCAAAGGAGGGACUCGCUCUCAUCGCUGUCAACAGCGAUGGUACAACAAUCACUUCUAAGCGAAGAGCUUCCAUAUCUUAUGUCUGCUUUCCAUCAGGAUGAAAAGCGUGAGGGACAGUCUGACUACGCUCUUGAGCGCCUGGAGGUUGUUCAUGAAAAAGCCAAAAAGCAUCAGGAAACAGACGACAAUUCAGCAUCUAUUUUACACUUCCCACGCCAGAAAACUCAAUUGCCUGAGACUUCAUUAUACUCGGGUAGUGAGAUCGUCAAUAAGCCACCCGCACCCUCUCCGUAUUCUUACAUUGAAACUGGGAGCUCGUGGUUGUCGAAGUUGGGUAUUCGGCCCCAAAUCAUAACAGCUGAUAAGCAUCUCGUCAACAGCACAUCGUUUAACCGCGGCUUUGCCGAGAAGCAGCAGCUUACGCCAGCUUCCUCGCCAACCUCAAUCAAGGACAAGGCUGAGGAUGAUAAGGAGAAUGUAAGGCAUCCACCGCUUCUGAUAGAGAAUUUGGAAGCUCACACGCUUUCGCUGUUGCAAAGUGAUGACGACCACUUACUUGACUACGUGGAAUAG